AUGAAUCCAUUUGGGGAUCUUGCGUUAGUACGAGAGCCUGAAGACAUCACUUUGGAUAUCACAAAUAUUAACAGUACCAUUGUAAAUUACUACGAAAGUACUACAAGCCAUGGCAUAUACAAGUUCUACUUUCCAAGUUCUGUAAACCAUUUCAUAAAAGUUACGGACGGAGGAAGAACAAUAUGGGAACCUGUCGAGGAAGAAAAGUGUGCAAUCGUCUUUUCACACGAAAUCAAUGGUAUAACUCAACUUACUAUUCAUGUAAGAUUUCCUCUUGGGGACUACCAACUCAAAUAUUUCAUUAGAAGGGAUGGUCACGAAGAAUGGGAACCUUCCAUAGAAGGUGACGAUGAAGAACAUCACGAAGCAUUAAUACCGGAGACGUACCAAGGAAUGAUGGACGAAUGGCUUGAUGACUUGAUUGCUGAACACCAAGGUGAUUGGGGUCAAGGCGUUGAGCAUGGAGGAGGUGAUUCUUCUCCAGCACAGAUUGUGCCAGAAGGUCCGGGUACACUUUAUGGGUCAUUUUACAUUGAAGAACUAAGUUUGAAUGAUGGAGUAUGGAACGAUGCAAACUUUGACGAUGAUGAGGAUGAUAGAAUGCAGGUGUACGUGGUAGAUGACUCCCGGCUACAAAGCAUCUUGGAGCGAGAACAACAAAUGAAUAGAGACGAUGAAAUACGCGAGAGAGGAUCGAGCUCAGAGUCUGAUUCGGAAUCUAGCGAUGCAGUACCUCGUAAGCGACUUCGCAGAAUGGAUGAUGCGAGUAAUAGUGGCGCAAAUGCGGGGAGUUCUACAAACCAAAUUCCAGGAAGACAAGAAAAUAGUCCACGUGUAUCAAGCUCGGAAUCGGCCACAUCUCACCAAAAUUUAGAGGAUGCAUCCUCUUCUGACAUGGUUUCUUCUUCAUCUAACAAUACCAACGAAUAG